GCCGGCCGCAACAUCGAACUAUCGACAGCACCAGCAAUAACAGACAAGUAAAAACACUUGGAUUUCAGCUUUUGGUAUAUACAUCUUUAAUUCUUUAAAAUGGACUCAUACAUUCUUAUUCGGGAGCAAGCCAUUGCCAAAAAACAAAAAGAAGGUGGCCAAGAGUUGGUGGCAGAUAUGAGCAAGAACUUGGAUAGUCUGCCAUUGGCACAGGAGCAAAGCUCAUUGCCAUCUUUCCUUCAUCAUUCCUUACCUGAUGGGAGCAAAUCGGACAAAUUGCACGAGGCUGCCAAGAAAUUCGAAGAAGCCCUUAAGGAGAACAUUACUGUUGACAAUUACAUAAAGCCUAUGUAUUCUUCGCUCAUAGAGCGCGCUAACCGGACCUCAAAAAUAGAAAGUGCCACACCGUUGCGUAACACUCUGAUUAAAUCUGUUGUCUUCGAAGUCAAAGGCAACGAUCUUCUCGCACAGAAGCUUCAGUUGACGGGCGCAGAGAUACCAUCGAUCACAUUGUGUCCUGCUAAGAUGUUGGAAAUGUUCGAAAUCUUAUCCCCUGAGUAGUUUAUGUAAACAAUCAAUAUUUCCUUAUUUCAAACACAAGCCGUUCAAUCUAUUAAAGGAUUGGAUAGUAACGAAUCAGAAUCUAUAUACAUACCAGCAGGCUCUACCAAACUUCGAUGUGGCCCAUUGUAGAUUCGUUAAUGACAGCUGAAGAAUAAAA